GGUGCGAGGGUCCGCGGCGCCGAGCGCUCAGUCGCUCGGGGACGCUCCGCACGUCCGCGCGCACACGCGGCCCUGCCCACCAGUCCGAUCGCGCGCCACCCUUGCCGCGCUCGCCGCCGGUCGGACCGACGACUAUCGGGGCCGAUUGGUCAGAGCUCUCGCCGGCGCGCAGCCGGCUCUGGUCGAGCGACAACGAUCCGCGCGAUCCCGCGGCAAUCGAUGACGGACGAUAACAAUUGCGACCGCGGCCGAUGCCCGGCCGACGCCGAUUAGGCAGUUGAAUAUGUGACCCCGUCACGUGGCACGCUGCCCUUCGCUCUCUCUCGAUCCAACCACCGCACGCCUCGCACCAGCAGGUCAGCAUGGAUAAAUGGGUGAUGUUGAUGGUGUUGACGUGGUGCUGGGUGGCGGAACGCAGCUCAGCGGGAAGCUGCGCCGCGGCGAAAUUGUGCUGUCAGGGUCGGGACUCGGGCUGCGUCAUUCAGAAGGCCUCGCCGAAUGCCAUAAUCGAGAGUCCCCGCGACAAGCCCUGCUACUGCGAUCACGCUUGUCUCAGGCUCGGCGACUGCUGUCCAGAUUUCAACCAGACCUGCACCGUGCUGGACUGCAGCGCGAGCGAGUGGACCGGCUGGACGGAGUGCGACAACAAAUGCGGCCCAGGCCAGCAGACGCGCAGCCGCGCUGUGCUGAGGCCCGAAAGAAACGGCGGCAAGCCCUGCUCCGAGCUCAGCCAGUCCGUCGGCUGUCAGAAUUACGAUGCCUGCCGCAGACGAGCCCGUCACUUCCAAGUACAAGAGACGAGUCUCCCCAGCGACGGCGGCACCGAGGAGGCAAGUUUCGACUCAAACUUCGUUCCGCAAGUUGCCGAAGGGUACUGCGCCGUCUUCACGAUACUCAAAGUCUCCAAAGGCUGCCGGAGAAGACUGCAAUCCUUCCGUGAAGGGUCGCAGGUGUGCGUGUGGUGCCGGAAGGAGGGAAGCCCCAGGCAGCCGAGGUCCUGCCCAGCGGACAGCGAGGGCGCGGCGCUGAGCCUCGCGGGUGUCGGCAGGUGGGAGCUGCUCAACUCGCCGCACGACCGCCACUGCCACGGCAAGUGGCUGGCAGAGCCGCGCUCGCUCGUUCGCGACAACUGCCACGACGGCUUCUGCCGUGGCAAAGCUCUGCUCAGCUUCCUCUGAAGUGCCGGACAUUUUGUUGCGCGCGCAUAUCGCGGGGCCGGCCGCGGGUCAGUGACAAAAGACAAAGCAAAAGACCCUGCGACUCUGUGCACUCACUUUUCAAGUCACUUCGGUGUGUUUGUGUGUGCGCGCAGCUCGUGCCAGACUGACAGAAUAUAUAUGUAUAUAUAUUUCACCUACUAAGCGCAGCUCCCAAAACUGUAAGCUGCAGAUUCGUAUUUGUCAAUAAA